AUGGAAGACAGAGGACCAUUUCCAUUUAUCAAGCUGGAGUUGAUUCAAGCACUAACUAGCCUAAUCACCAUGAAAAAUUUUCUUUUGGCCUUUGUCCUCUUGGCUUCAAUUUCCUCAUUUGCUUCUGCUUUCGAUCCUGAACCUCUUCAGGACUUCUGUGUAGCCAUUAAUGACCCCUUGCACGGUGUGUUUGUGAAUGGGAAGUUCUGUCAGGACCCCAAUCUCGCCAAAGCUGAGAACUUCUCCUUUUCAGUUAAAAUGCCAGGAAGCACAAACAAUCUACUUGGUUCAAAUGUCACAGCUGUGACUGUAGAUCAAAUUCCAGGACUUAACACUCUUGGCAUAUCAGCUGCCCGCCUUGAUUUUGCACCUUAUGGUGAAGUCUCACCUCACACUCAUCCUCGUGCCACUGAGAUUCUUGUUGUCCUGGAGGGCACUCUUCUUGUUGGUUUCAUCACUUCCGAUUCUAACCACACACUUUUUACCAAAGUUCUUAACCAGGGUGAUGUGUUCGUCUUCCCCAUUGGCCUUAUUCAUUUCCAAGUCAAUAUUGGAAAAACAAAUGCUCUUGCCUUUUCUAGUUUGAACAGCCAGAACCCUGGUGUCAUUACAAUUGCCAGCACAGUGUUUGGGUCAAAUCCUCCCAUUAAACCAAAAAUUCUUGCAAGGGCCUUCAUGUUGGACGUAAAUGUGGUGAAAACUCUCCAACGGAAAUUCCAGAUGAUGAAUUAG